AUGAGCACAGCCGUCCCUCCUCCAUUGGGACUAAGGCGACCCAGUAGACAGAAUAUUCAAUAUCGAUUAGUUGUCGUACAAAAUCCCACUCGAGCAAGAUGCUGUGGAUUCGGUGAAAAGGAUAAACGACCCAUCAACCCACCGCCCAUAGUCCAAUUACACAUUCAAAAACAGGAUGGCUCACUAGAGCCUGUAAGUGAAACAGACAAUGUCUCUCAUUUCAUCGUGCAAUGCGAUCUCUUCUCCCCAAACCAUAAAGAGGAUCGCAAUGUCGUCUACAAUCCCGCCUCUAUCAACCCAGCGUAUCCCAACAGUUCCGCAGCCGUCAUGACCUUUGAAGAACCAACACCCGUUCGUAAUUUCCUUGGCACCAUCGUUUCUAAUGCGCAUCAAUUGCUUGAUCUUGAAGACCGUCUUGGCAUCUUUUUCAUCUUUCCAGAUCUAUCCGUACGCACAGAGGGUACUUUUUGUCUUCGAUUUCGAUUCAUUGAUCUCUCAGCUGGAGACCCAAUGACCAUGAGCACUCAAGUUUUGACAGAGACUUUUUCAGACACCUUUAAUGUAUAUCCCGCAAAACAUUUCCCUGGAAUGACAGGAUCCACUCCUUUGUCAUUAUGCUUCUCUCGUCAAGGUAUCAAGAUAUCAGUACGUAAAGGUCCAAGGUUGAAACGUUCCUCAGAUGAUGUUUUCGGAGAUACUCAAAACGACGAUGACGAUGAUAUGGAUGAUCGAGCAAGUGAAGAAUAUCAACGCCAUCAACAUAGCAGGAGUGUCACCUCCAUCUCGGCAUUGGUCUCAUCCGAUAGAGACGACCAAAGCAGCACAUCUCAUCCCCAGCAGUCACCCCACGGUUAG